AUAGAUAUAAAAAAAACCAUUUCUAAUAAUAUUUAAUCCAUAAUUUUCAAGAUAUUUAUUAUAGUCUCCACCGUCUCCACAGUUUCUGGAUUUGGACACUCACAGUCAGUUUCUCGUUGUUACCCGUCUCUAAAGCUGAUCCCUCUGGUUUGAUUAUACGGAUCAUCAUUAUACAGCAAAAUAGAACAGAAAAUGGCAGCAGCAAUGGAUCCCGUCCGGGAAAAAGCUCUGCAAGAUUAUAGAAAAAAGCUUAUGGAACACAAAGAAAUUGAGUCACGGCUAAAAGAAAUGCGAGAACAUCUCAAAGACCUUACCAAACAAUAUGAUAAAUCGGAAAAUGAUCUUAAAGCACUCCAAAGUGUAGGCCAGAUUGUUGGAGAAGUAUUGAAGCAGCUGACUGAAGAAAAAUUUAUUGUCAAAGCGACCAAUGGUCCACGUUAUGUCGUUGGAUGUAGACGUCAACUGGAUAAAAAUAAAUUAAAGUCAGGAACCAGAGUAGCUCUUGAUAUGACUACUUUGACUAUUAUGCGGUAUUUGCCCCGCGAAGUUGAUCCUUUGGUCUACAAUAUGUCUCACGAAGAUCCUGGUGAUGUUACAUAUUCAGCUAUCGGAGGAUUAAGUGAACAGAUUCGUGAGUUGCGAGAGGUUAUAGAGCUGCCUCUAUUGAAUCCAGAACUCUUCCAACGAGUAGGAAUCACUCCACCAAAAGGAUGUCUUUUGUAUGGACCUCCUGGAACUGGAAAAACAUUGUUGGCCCGAGCUGUUGCUAGUCAACUUGAUGCUAAUUUCCUCAAAGUUGUCUCCAGUGCUAUAGUUGAUAAGUACAUUGGAGAAUCUGCUCGACUGAUUCGAGAAAUGUUUAAUUAUGCUCGCGAUCAUCAGCCUUGUAUUAUAUUUAUGGAUGAAAUUGAUGCUAUUGGUGGUCGACGAUUUUCUGAGGGUACUAGUGCGGAUCGUGAAAUUCAAAGAACCCUUAUGGAAUUAUUGAAUCAAAUGGACGGUUUUGACUCUUUGGGUCAAGUUAAAAUGAUCAUGGCGACUAAUAGACCAGAUACUCUUGAUCCAGCUUUGUUACGGCCAGGAAGAUUAGAUAGGAAAAUUGAAAUUCCGUUGCCUAAUGAACAGGCACGUUUGGAAAUUCUUAAAAUUCACGCACUUCCAAUCGCUAAGCAUGGAGAAAUUGAUUAUGAAGCAGUUGUUAAACUAUCGGAUGGAUUCAAUGGAGCUGAUCUGCGUAAUGUCUGCACAGAAGCAGGGUUGUUUGCAAUUCGUUUAGAACGAGAAUAUGUUAUUCAGGAAGACUUUAUGAAAGCCGUCAGAAAAGUUUCUGACAACAAGAAGUUGGAGUCUAAGUUGGACUACAAACCAGUAUAAUUUUUUUAUUAAGUUUUCUUAUAUCUAUGUGUUUAAUUAUAAUAAUAAUUUCAAUAAAAAAUAGUGGUUUUUUCACAAUUUAUUUGUAUUUGAACAAUUAUAUACAGAAUAACAAACAUACAAAGUUAUCUACUCAAUUA